AUGCAGCUUCCAAGCAUUGUGUAUCGCCGAUGCUUCGCUCUUUUCCGGCACUGUCCCCCUCGUUGUCUGGCCUCCACUGUCCCGCAAGUAUGCAUUGUCGGUAGUGGACCGUCAGCGUUCUACACCGCGCAAUACUUACUCCGGCAUCACAAUGCUGUCCAAGUGGAUAUGUUUGAGAAGCUGCCCGCGCCGUUCGGUCUCGUGCGUUAUGGUGUCGCACCGGAUCAUCCGGAAGUGAAGAAUGUGAUCAACACAUUCACCGAGGUUGCCAAAAAUCGCCGUUUUCACUUCUUGGGAAAUGUGGCUGUAGGAAAAGAUAUUCGACUGUGUGAAUUACAACGUGCCUACAGUGUUGUCAUUAUGGCUUACGGAGCAUCUCGUGAUCGAAUGCUCGACAUCCCCGGAGAGAACCUUCCAGGUGUUUUAUCUGCCAAAGAAUUUGUUGGUUGGUACAACGGUGCUCCGGGUUCGAUCAAUGUAAGCGCUCUUUCCAGUCCCAGUCGAUUGAUAUGUCUACCACUUCAGUUUAGGCCCGAUUUGGAUUGUGAAACAGUGGCGAUUGUGGGUAUCGGUAAUGUCGCGUUGGAUGUGGCCCGUAUUUUACUCUCUCCGAUCGAUCGACUUAAGUUUCUGGUUGAUUUGGACAAAGCGAAUCCACUGGACCGCGUGAGGAAUGGGAAAUUUUGUGACCUACUCUUCCUCCGUUCCCCGGUUCGGAUUUUGUCCCGUCACGGGUCUGAUUGCACACCCACCGGUUCGGAUCCCUGUGCUCGAUCCAUGGUCGCCAGAAUCGAACUAGCUGUGAACCGCCUGCAGUCAGAGGUUAUUGGCUUGGCAUCUGGCAUCGUUUUACUUUUUCGGGAGCGGUUUGAAUCUAUCAAGGAGGUGCCUUGGGGCAUCAAAUACCAGUGA